AUGGUCUCACCAGUUUCAGAUUUGGAGAUCAAAGAGACCUUUUGGUCCAUCAAUCCUUCCAAGGCUCCAGGCCCUGAUGGGUACAAUGGUGGGUUUUUUAGGAAAGCUUGGUCUGGACAAUUGCUCACCAGAGCUAACUCCACUAUUAUUGCCCUUGUCCCUAAGAUACUUAACCCUUCCAAGGUGGGUGACUUUAGGCCCAUUUCAUGCUGCAAUACCAUUUACAAAUGCAUCUCUAAGAUUUUAGCCAAGAGAUUGCAAUCUAUUCUCUCUUUGCUCAUAGAUCCUGUUCAAUCAAGUUUUGUGAAGGGUAGGAGAAUAGCAGAUAACAUAUUCCUCACCCAAGAACUCAUGAGAGGUUAUCAUAAGUCAUCUCCUUCUCCAAGGUGUGCCAUGAAAGCUGAUAUAAUGAAAGCUUAUGAUAAUGUUAGGUGGGAGUUUCUAUGGGAUGUUCUUUCUGCAAUGAACUUUCAUCCUACCAUGAUCAAAUGGCUACAAGCUUGUGUAACCACUGCAAAUUACUCACUUUGUAUUAAUGGGGAAGUGACGGGUUACAUUAAGGGUAGGAAGGAUGAUCAUAUGAUAUUUUGCAAAGGUGAGCGUCCAUUUGUCAAACUCAUCCAGGUUGCAUUGAUAGAGUUUGAGGCUCUUUCUGGUCUCUCUCUUAGCCCAGGGAAGUGUAGCAUAUUCUUCUCUGGAGUUAGUGUGGGAAUUAAGGAGACUAUUAUGCAGGAGCUGGGAUUCCAGGAGGGUUUCCUGCCAGUGAGAUAUCUAGGAGUCCCAUUACUAUCUACUAGACUCAAAGCUAUCGAUUGUCGGAGAUUAGUAGAUAGUAUUACUUCCAAAACUAAGAGUUGGACUAAUAGGGACCUUACCUUUGCUGGGAGCGUUCAGCUUAUCAAGAACAUUUUGUUCUUGAUGCAAACUUAUUGGUCAUCCUUGUUCAUCUUACCAAAGAAGGUCAUCAAGGAAGUUGAAUCUAUUCUUCGGGCCUUUUUAUGGUCUGUCCCUGACCUUAAAAGAACAGGGGCUAAGGUGGCUUGGGAGCAUCUCUAUGCUCCUAAAGAUGAGGGAGGUCUUGGUUUCAAAUCUUUGGAGGUUUGGAAUAAGGUUGCGGUUGCCAAGCAUAUUUGGUUCUUGAUAUCAGGGGGUGAACAAUCAAUGUGGUGCCAAUGGGUUAAGUCCUAUUUAUUAAAAGGAAGGAACUUUUGGAGGCUUAAAAUGCCUAGUAAUCCCUCAUGGGUUUGGAGGAAGUUAGUUAAUUUAAGAAUUCUAGUCCAACUGUAG